AUGUUGCAAUACACCCUUGCUAUUUUCGCCAUCCAAGCUGCUUGUGCCUCUUUCUCAAAAGUAGAUGCACGUCAGCAGGUCAAUCUCGUUCAAAGAGAUCUCACCAUCAACACUCUUACCGCCCUAUACACCUUUCCCAAAAACAUUCGUUGGGAGUCCGGUACGAUCAAUAAUGCCACCGCUCCUUAUCUCACGACUGUCACAUCUAAAACGCCAGGUGCAAUCGAUAUCAGAGGUGCGGGGGAUGAUGUUAGUGAGCUUGUAACAACCAUCACCACAAACGCCGCUAGCUGUGAUCCAGCAAGCUACACAGGAACAGACAAGAUGCAAUAUGUGUUUCAAAAAGAUCAUUGGAGCAUCACUAACAACGGCAAGUCGGGCCCAAUUCAUUAUGGUUACAAGCGUACAGCAUCAGCUCCCAGGAAUUCACUUGUUGGAGAGGUUAGACUCACCGAAUCAUUCUAA